AUUUAAUUACAAUUAUUUAGAUAAAUAAUAAACUUCCUCGUGUUCAGUACUUGAAUAGCAAAGGUCGUGUUGUGGACGUAAGCAAUAUAGGUGUUCGUAAUAAUUGUUUCGUCACGAUCGUGUCCGUAGUGUGUGAUGUGUUUGUGAUAUAGAGAGACUGAUAUAAGUUGGAGUCUAGCAGUCAAGUGCAGUGUGACAUUGAGUUGGGAAGGACAGUCGGUGUCGGUGUAAGUGACGUUGGACCGAGCCAGCAAUCGUGGUAUUUUGAAUACGUUAGAAUUUUGGCGGUGUGUGGUGGUUAGUGCGCUGAUAUAGCCGCAGUGAAUAAUAGUCGGCGCCGGCGCCGAGCGGUGGUGUCAAGGUGCGGCGUGCGCAUGUGCGAUGCGAUGCGUGACAAACUGUCCGCACUGCUGCGGAGCUCGGUGCAUGCGCCGGCGCAUCACAACAACGAAAAGCUACACAAUGACACAUUCGGCCCAGUGCUCGUUUUCACAGAUGAAGGGAGCGCACGCGAAGGCGGAUUGGUAUGGCGCGGGUGCUCAGCCGAGUGCGACGCAGAAGACGGCGCGGCGGGUGCGCUCACCGACGGCAACGCCAACCCAGGAGACAAGUUGGAGGGGUCGGACGCAGCUCCGGACGACCCUGUUCACCUCAAGAGACGGGUGGGACUCUUCAGUGGGGUGGCUCUAAUUGUUGGCACUAUGAUCGGUUCUGGAAUAUUCGUCUCGCCCUCUGGGCUUCUGGAGCGUACCGGCUCAGUGGGCAUUAGCUUCAUCAUUUGGAUGGCAUGUGGCCUGCUCUCGCUGCUUGGAGCGCUCGCGUAUGCGGAGUUGGGAACGAUGAACACGUCGUCAGGCGCUGAGUACGCCUACUUUAUGGACGCUUUCGGAGGACCUCCUGCGUUUCUAUUUUCAUGGGUAUCGACAUUAGUACUGAAGCCAUCUCAGAUGGCUAUAAUAUGUUUGAGUUUCGCAAAAUAUGCAGUGGAACCAUUCGUAUCGGAGUGUGAACCGCCAACCAGCCUGGUCAAACUUGUCGCGGUCAUUUCUAUUGUGAUGAUAUUAGCUGUAAAUUGCUACAGCGUCAAUUUGGCUACGAAUGUACAAAACAUCUUCACGGCAGCUAAGCUGGUGGCGAUUGCGAUCAUUGUGGGCGGUGGAGCUUACAAGUUAAUAUUAGGUAAUACGCGACAUUUACAGGAGCCCAACUUCGCAAGUAGCACCGCCACGCUGGGCAACAUUGCCACAGCGUUCUACACUGGCCUUUGGGCAUAUGACGGUUGGAAUAACCUGAACUAUGUCACUGAGGAAAUUAAGAAUCCAUCCAAGAACUUACCGUUGAGCAUAAUAAUCGGCAUUCCGCUGGUGACGCUGUGCUACGCGCUGGUGAACGUGUCAUACCUGGCUGUGAUGUCGGUGAGCGAGAUGGCGGACAGCGAGGCAGUGGCAGUCACCUUCGGGAACAGGCUGCUGGGUCCACUCGCCUGGCUCAUGCCACUCGCAGUCACCAUCUCAACAUUCGGAUCUGCCAACGGCACGCUGUUUGUUGCGGGAAGGUUGUGUUUCGCAGCAUCUAGGGAAGGUCAUUUGUUGGACAUCUUAUCGUACGUCCACGUGCGCCGUUUCACUCCAGCUCCAGGACUGAUUUUCCAUUCCCUGAUAGCAGUGGCAAUGGUGUUGUACGGAACGAUAGACUCGUUGAUUGACUUCUUCUCCUUCACCGCGUGGAUCUUCUACGGCGGCGCAAUGCUUGCAUUGAUCGUUAUGAGGCGUACAAAGCCGCAUGCACCCAGACCGUAUAAGGUGCCGAUUAUAAUCCCGUACGUCGUAUUGCUGGUGUCGACCUACCUGGUGGUAGCACCAAUUGUUGACAAGCCCCAAUGGGAGUACCUAUACGCCACCGCCUUCAUAUUCGGUGGCCUCUUGGUCUACGUGCCUUUCGUCAAGUGGGGCUACUCUCUACCGUUCAUGGAUAAAAUAACCGUUUUCUUGCAAAUGGUGCUGGAGGUAGUGCCAACGUCAACAACGUUCGAAUAUUAGGAAGUAGUCGGAGCUGGACUUUAAAGAAGCAAUUGUGACAAAUUCUCGUCGAUUUAUUGUACCAUAUCUAAGUAUCAUUUGGAUUUCGUACAUUGUUAACUAUUUUUUGGUCCUGUUUCGCCUAACCUCGAGAAAGUUUAAAAAAGUAAUGUUAUCAAAAAUAAUAUAUUUUGUAACCAGUUGAUACUUCAAUUUCUUAGAGGCGGUGAUAUACCUAGAUACUUAAUUAAAAUUUGAUAUAAUUUUUUGACUGAUAGGUAUGUUCCUCAUCCAAAAUUAUUGCCCACAAUAUUGUGUAAUGCAAUAAAUAACUCUCUGUAAAAUUAUAUGUAUAAUAUCGUGUUAUAUGACUUAAAAAUUACAUGGUAUUUUGAUGUUGUUGCAGCGUAAAGCUUUUUACACUUUUGUUUUGGAAUUUUAAGAAAAAAUGUUGUACUUAUGAAAUAUAUUUCGUAAUAAUAAUGCAGUGUUAAAAAUGUGAAAGCCAAAUGGCAAUAUUUUUUGCUAUAACUUAGGUAGUAAUGACGUCGUUCAUUUCAUUAGUUUGCACGAAUCAUUCCUAUGGGGACAUGCAUUUCGAGGCGUUGACACUGUGCCAUGUUGAGGCGAGGCAAGUUGAUUCUAAUCGUGGUAGAUAAUAUCAAUAUGUGACGUGACGUGAGGGUUAAGGAUAAAGGUUCAAACACCCUGAUAGCCGUGACAAAUGCAAUUAUAAUUUAUGAUCUAUUCAGGUCUUGUUCAAAUGGCGAUUAAACGUUUUGACCAUGUUUAACUUGGAUAAACUCAAUACCUUGAUUAAGCUAAGUAUGGUAAGGCCGAGCUUAGUAAAUUCUAAGAGGUCGAUU